UCACCGCUCCUCUUCUCUCCCUCUCUCUCUCUCUCCCUCUCUCUCUCUCUCUCUCUCACGGAAGAGCCACCGUCUAGUUGUUCCCCGUGAGUCGGUUCUCCGUGGUUUUUGAGUCACGCACACACACGCAUACACACACACGCAGACACACACAGACACGGGCGCGCGUCAUGGCGCACGUCGCGCACCUGUUCGUCGCGCUGGCGUGGAUUAUUUCGGUGCACGGAUCUCUCUGCAGCGGCGGCGCUGGCGUUGGUGUCGGCGUGUUGAACCGGAGGCACGAGCAUCACCGCCUCCUCGCUGAGGGUCCGGAGGAGGAGGAGACCGGAGCGGCACCGGAUGCACCGCGGAGGCUCGCGAGGUCGCCGAAAGUGGCGUCUCUGCUGAGCAGCUCGUUCGUGCUGAAAGGCGACGCCGCGCACAACCAGGCGAUGGUUCACUGGACGGGCGAGAACAGCAGCGUCAUCCUCAUCCUCACGAGAUAUUACCACGCUGAUUCCAGCAAAGUGCUCGAGAGCUCCCUCUGGAGGUCCAGUGAUUAUGGAACUACUUACACCAAACUCAACCUGAUGCCUGGAACCACCAUCAUAGUCACGAAUUUCUACAUUUGCCCCAGUAAUAAGAGGAAGGUGAUCCUGAUCAGCUCCACCAUUAAUGAACAGGAUCAGAUGCUCUUCAUCAGCACAGAUGAGGGAGCGUCGUUCCAGAGACAGCCUUUGUCCUUCACCGUGGAGACGCUCCUGUUCCAUCCGUCAGACGAGGACAAACUCCUGGCUUACAGCAAAGAGGCCACGGUUUAUGUGUCCACUGAUCUGGGGAGGAAAUGGACACUGCUGCAGGAACGAGUGACCAAAGACCGAGUUUUCUGGUCCGUGGCCGGGGUGGAUGUGGACCCUGAUUUGGUUCAUAUGGAGAUACAAGACACUAGUGGAGGUUACCUGUAUGUAACGUGUCUGAUACAGAACUGCUCGGAUAAGAUGGUGACGGCUCAGUUUCUGGGUAAAAUCGACCACAAUUCGCUCUCGGUGCAGAACGACUACGUGUUUGUGAAGGUUACCAUGGCUAAUCGUACAAAGUGCUAUGUCUCAUAUCGAAGGAACGAGUUUGUGCAGAUGCGCUUGCCCAAGUUCGCCCUGCCGAAGGAUGUGCAGGUUGUGAGCACGGAUGAGAACCAGGUGCUGCUGGCCCUGCAGGAAUGGUACCAGACCGACACGUAUAACCUGUACGCGUCAGACCAGCAGGGUGUUUAUUACUCCAUCUUGUUGGAGAACGUGCGCAGCACCAAGCAGCCUGAGGAGAACGUCAUCAUCGACGUGCUGGAGGUGCGUGGCAUCAAAGGCGUGUUCUUAGCCAAUCAGAAAAUAGACGGCAAAGUCAGGACUCUCAUCACAUAUAAUAAAGGUCGGGAUUGGGAGCUGCUAGCUCCGCCCACCACUGACAUGAACGGCAAACCGGUGAACUGCAAACAGCCAGACUGUCACCUUCACCUCCACCUGAGAUGGGCUGAUAACCCGUACGUUUCUGGGACGGUCCACACUAAAGACUCCGCCCCCGGCCUCAUCAUGGGUGCAGGCAAUCUUGGCUCUCAGUUGGUUGAAUAUAAAGAGGAAAUGUACAUCACCAAUGAUUGUGGAAAGACCUGGAGACAGGUGUUUGAAGAGGAGCACCACAUCCUGUAUCUGGAUCACGGCGGCGUCAUCGUGGCCAUCAAAGACACGUCCAUCCCAUUAAAGAUCCUCAAGUUCAGUGUGGAUGAAGGACGUACAUGGAGCAUCCACAAUUUCACCAGCACCUCGGUGUUCGUGGAUGGCUUGCUGAGCGAACCCGGAGAUGAGACGCUGGUUAUGACCGUAUUUGGUCACAUUAGCUAUCGGUCAGACUGGGAGCUGGUGAAGGUGGAUUUCCGUCAGUCUUUCCCCCAGCAGUGUAACGAGGACGACUACGACUCGUGGAAACUCACUAACCUACAGGGAGAGAGUUGCAUCAUGGGACAGGAGCGAAUGUACAGAAGAAGGAAGGAGUCGUCUCUGUGCAUUAAAGGGAAGAGCUACACGUCGGCGCUAACGGCUAAACCCUGUCAGUGCACGGAGAAAGACUUCAGCUGUGACUAUGGAUUUGAGCGCAGCCCGAAAGCAGAGGGUGAUCGCUGUUACCAUGACUUCUGGCACGAUCCUGAAUCUCCGCCCGAAAACUGCCAUUUGGGACACACCUACCAGACCAGCACAGGCUACCGUAAGCUCAUCUCGAACGUGUGUGAAGGCGGAGUGAAUAAAGAGGAGAGCGGGAAGCAGCACGCCUGCCCUCUGAUGCCCCCUAGAGGCCUACAACUGGGCAUCAAGGGGCAGAUGCUCACUGUGGCGCCUGGUGAUGACAUCACCUUCAUCGUCCAUCAGGAGCGGGGUGACACGAGCAGUACCCGGUACCAGGUGGACCUCUCUGACGGAGUGCGGGCGAUUUAUCAGAACCUAACGGUGACAGAUGAACCGAUCCAGCAUCGUUAUGAGAAGACGGGUUUUUAUCGGGUCAGCGUGAAGGCGGAGAACGCAGCCGGUCACGAUCAGGCCACGCUGUACAUCCGGGUCACACUGCCUCUGCAGGAAGUCCAUCUGGAAGUGGUGCCCAUCGCAGGAAGGAAACAGGAAGUGAAUCUGACUGCUGUGGUGCUUCCUGAGGACUCGAACCUCACCGUCUUCUACUGGUGGAUCGGAGAGGAGCUGCAGCCGAGGCUGACGCUGGAGAACAGCAUUCUCACGAGUUUUUCUGAAGAAGGUGAGAUCUCCGUCACGGUUCAGGCGUCUAACGGCCGCUCCGUGGUGCAGGACAGCAAAACCGUACGCGUUUACGAUCAUUUCCAGGUCAUUCCGCUUAGCUUCAGUCCGAACCUGGAUCGCUUCAACCCGAACAUCCCGGAGUGGAGAGAGGACGUGGGACAUGUGGUCACCAAGAUGCUGGCCAAGAUCACAGGACUUCCUCAGGAGUCGAUGGUUACCAUGGUGAAGCCCGGGCUGCCAACCAGAGCAGACUUAUACGUGUUGCCCACAGAGGACACGCCCACCACGAGGAGCGGGUUUGCAGACAAGCGCGUGUCCACCAUAAAGCAGGCUCUGAGAGAGAGUAACGUCAGCUUCAUCGUGCGUGGUGGACUGAGAGUGCUGGUGACUCUGACAGAUCCUGACGCAGGGCUAAUAACUAGUGACGUGUCGUCCAGAGCAGCAGCGAGCGACUCUCGGAUUGGUGCUGCAAGUCCCGGAUUCUGGGCUUUGGCUGGCAUUCUUCUCGUCACCUUCAUCACUACAGGACUCUUCUUCCUCUACAAGUUUAAAAGAAAGCUGCCAGGACGUAACGUCUACGCCCAGAUGCACAACGAAAAGGAGCAGGAAAUGACCAGCCCCGUCAAUCACAGCGACGACACGCAGCACAUCAUCCAGGGGGAGGAGUUUAUCGACGAUGACCUCGACUCGCAGACGCUGGGUAACGGCCGAGGCAAUCACUCGGGAGUUGUGCUGAGCAUCACAUCGAGGGAACUGCACGGAUACCUGAGCAGCUGAUGCUCUUUAGCUCCGCCCACCAGAACGGAGAAUGCCUUUAACUCCGCACACCUGAAAGGACAAAGCCGUUUAG